UUCAAGUCUCAGUGCAAGUUUCAGUAAUCCAUGCAGAGCAGAAAUCCGUCUUACAGGCACUAUGCCCCCAGAAUUGUCGUCUACCACUCCAGCAGAUACCUCAAUAAAUAUAUCACUGACAAUAAAUGAAAAGUUUGACCUCUCACUGACUAAUCCAGACAGUAAGAAGUACAGCAGAUAUAAAUCUGUAAUUGAGAAAGUGAUUGAUGAUAAUUACCAAAACAUAGCUGGCUACAAACCAGGCUCUGCAAUACUCUUUAGAUUCAGGCCUGGGAGUGUAAUAGCAGACAUCACAAUUAAAACAACAGCUACAUAUGAGCUUGAUUUUGGGUCUGUGAAUUCAAAUCUCUCUAGAACACUCACUGCAGAAGGAUACAAAUUAGCUGAAAACAUUGUUGCUAAAUCAGAGGAGUAUGAUUUAGUUCAAAACCCAGGCAAAAUAUAUCCUCUGCAAGAAAUGCAGUUGAACUGUAAUCCUCCAGAUGGUGCCAAAGGAGACAUAAACUGGAGGGUGGACGGGGUUGACCCAUUGCUAAAUCCUGCUAAAUAUAACAUCCUUAAAAAUAACCACACUCUAAAAGUAAGAAGAGUAAGUGCUGAAGACAGUGGUCCUGGGUCAGGCUGCAUCACAUAUAACUACACUAUGCAGCAACAGGAGUGUGAGUCUCAUGAUAAGAAUGUGACUUUCACAUGUCAUCUUGCAGAUGCAAGCCUGAGUGCACUGAGUUACAGCUCAAAGACUGUUACACUAAGAACAACCAAAAAUGCAUUCAACUGCUCGGAUAGCAAGUUUGGAGUUGGAGUUGUGAAUCAGACAGCAUUCAGACACUGUGAAGGAGGCAACGCUGGCAUUCAGUGGGCAGUGUGUAGUCCAAUGGGAGAGUGGAGAGACACAUCUAACAAUUGCACCCUUCGUGUCCUCCAGGACCUGGCAGAUAGAGCUGAACAUUUAGAAGUGACUGACGUUCGACAGUUUGUUGCUAAUCUCAGUAGUACUGCAGAGAAGCAUUCAGAAAACAUAACAAAGGUUUCCGCGACUCUUUUAAAAGUUGUGGAUUUACUCAGGACAAUCGCCUCUUUUUCACAGUCAGCUAUCAUUGAUAAAGAUAUUAUGAAGGAUUUCCUUAAAACAGUGGAUGUCAUUGCAUCAGAGGAAGCCCAGGCAACAUGGAAGACUCUGAAUAUAGAAAGUACCAGCAGGAACGUUAGCUCAGCACUUCUGCAGUUGAUCGAAAUUAUUGGAGGCAGUCUCUCAAAUGAGCCCUUCUUAAUAACAACACCAAGAAUCCAACUCAUCAGGACUUUUUUAAAUAGCUCAUUUCAAGAAUUAUCUGGCAUAAAUUCAACUACUAAAAUAGAUAUUCCACACACCAGUGGAUCAAACAUGAUCACUAUAAUAGUUCUUUCAGCCUUUCACAAUGUCUUGCCUGUUAGAACUGCUGCCCACAGCAACGGCAGUCAAAGAGAUACCAGAAUUAAUGGAGAUGUAGUUGUGAUCAAGAUGGACCCAAAUACCUAUAACAUCUCCCUUUACUUUAAUGUUAAAAAUAAUACACUGGGAAAUCCUCAGUGUGUCUUUUGGAACUUUAGUCUUUUGGAUGGAACUGGCGGAUGGGACUCAACUGGGUGUGAGCUGAAGGAUUCAGGGAAAGGAAGUAACACAGUUACAUGUGAAUGUACUCACACAACUUCAUUCUCAAUCCUGAUGUCACCCUUCUCUGCCAACAGUUUUGCCUUAUCUUACAUAACUUACAUUGGCCUUGUCAUUUCAAUAGGCAGCUUGCUGUUGUGCCUCAUUAUUGAAACCAUUGUAUGGAAGCCCCUGACAAGGAAUGACACAUCCUACAUGCGGCAUGUCUCCAUAGUGAACAUUGCUGUGUCCCUCCUGAUUGCAGACAUAUGCUUCUUCAUUGGAGCAUCCAUUGUGGAACGAGGACAGGUUACACCAUUGGGUCCCUGCAGUGCAGUGACAUUCUUCAUCCACUUCUUUUAUCUUGUUCUCUUCUUCUGGAUGUUCCUGUCAGCACUCUUGCUCCUCUACCGCACCAUCAUGGUCUUUUCUGGAAUGUCCAGGUCCAGGAUGUUGGCCAUAGCAUUCAGUGUGGGCUAUGGAGCCCCAUUACUCAUAGCUGUCAUCACUGUGGCAUCAACAGCUGGAAACAGAGGAUAUGUUCAAGAAAUGAACUCAUGUUGGCUGAACUGGGAUCAAACUAAGGCACUCCUGGCAUUUGUGAUUCCUGCUCUGACAAUUGUGGUCAUAAACAUGAUGGUACUCAUUGUGGUUUUAUGUGCAAUGCUAAGGAGGGGAGUUGGUGCCAUUACUCAGCCAGAUGAGAAACACACCAUGUUGGUAAUUGCCAGAUGUGUGGCGAUUUUGACCCCUCUUUUUGGUCUGACCUGGGGAUUCGGUAUCGGAACCAUGGUGUCCUCACAUUUUGGAAUUCAUGCGGUCUUUGCAUUCCUUAAUUCAUUGCAGGGUUUCUUUAUUUUGGUAUUCGGACCUCUACUGGAUAAUAAGAUCCAGGAGAAGUUCCUAGGAAAACUGAAGUUCGGAAGUUUUAGCUCAAACCUCACCAGGGCUAAUCAUGCAGGAUCCUCGCCCUCUAAUGGAAAGUAUUCAAUAUAUAGGUUCCACAGGAGAUUUUCCACAGGGGACACCUCCAACAUAUAUUUGGCAGAGGUGUUGAUAGAGGGUAAUGCAUCCCUGGAUGUGUCAGCUUUUCUGUCUGGACUCGACCAGCUCACCAUAGACACAGUAACCAUUGUGGAAGCUACAAUGACAGCACGACUGGUCAGUAUUGACGUUCCUCCACACAAAGUGUGUUAUAACUCACAGUAUACCAUGAACUGCGGUAUGGAGGAGAAAAUGGACACGUGCACAUGGCAGAUUACACGACCCGACCAAGACCCACAGAUCAUUGGAGCUGGUGCUAAGCAGAAGCUGGAACGCAGGACUGGAAAAAUACUUCCAGUUAUGCUGCUCUUCUACAUGCCGUACAAGUGA